AUGUCCUCUCCGAAACCAAGGACCAUUGCCGUAUUAGGUAAAUCUACUUUGACAAUUCAAUUUGUUGAAAACCAUUUUGUUGACUCUUAUUAUCCUACUAUCGAGAAUACUUUUAAUAAAGUUAUAAGAUAUCGAGGACAAGAAAUUGCUGCCGAAAUUAUUGAUACUGCUGGUCAGGAUGAAUAUUCAAUUUUUAAUGAAACUCAUGCAGUGGGAAUUCAUGGUUAUGUUUUAGUGUAUUCAAUAACAUCGAGACAAAGUUUUGAAAUGAUUAAAAUUAUUAGAGAUAAAAUUUUGAUGCAAACAGGAACAGAAUCUGUUCCAAUUGUUUUGGUUGGAAAUAAAACUGAUUUACAUAUGCAAAGAACAUUAUCUCCUGAAGAAGGAAAAGAAUUGGCUACACAAUGGAAGUGUGCAUGGACUGAAGCAUCAGCCAAACAUAAUGAAAAUAUAAGACAUUCUACACGUGACAUAAGUUUAUCUUGUAGAAUGAAUGCCAGUAUACAAUUGAAACAACUUGCGGAAAGAUCCCGUAACGUAGCAAAUUCCAUUAUCGAUCGCGAUUUGCCUCCGAUUGAAAGAAAUUUAGAACAAAUUGAGAAGCAAUCGCGUAAACUUGCUGACAAAACUGUAAAACCUGGUGAAACUCCUGAGAGAAAAGCCAGUCCUUAUUUCUUAGCGAAUAUUGGAAUCGAUGGAGAUAAAUUAGCACAAGAUGUGAAGAGCAUAAAUGUUUUGGGUGCCUUUGAACCGCGAGUCGUUCUCCCAGACACAGAUGUUGAAAAAUAUCUUGAUCAUAAACAUCAACAAACUAUUACGAGUAUUAUUAAAGAUGGUUACACUCAGACGAUAAAGGAUUAUAAUGAUCAUUUUGAUCGAUGUUUACAUCAAGAUUGGGAAAGGUUCAAGAGAAAAGUAUUUGAAGAACUUGGACAACACAAACCUAUGAGUUCGAAAAGUGGAAUUGAUCAAACACCUAAUAUAGGAGGUAGCCGGAUUGUAAACCAACCUCAAUUUUCACCUACUCCAUCUAUAUCGAAUCAAUCUUAUUUCACACCGGGGGAGCGACGUGUUUCAUUUAGGAAUGAUACCGGAACACAAUCGAACAAUCGACAUUUGGUUUAUUUUGAUGUCGUAGUUAAGUUGAACGAUUCGAGAUUGGCUAAAAUUGAAUAUGGAAUUAUAAAUGAAUUUAGUAACGCUGCAAAGAAAAUCAGUUUGGAUUAUAAAAUGAUGCAGUGUUGGCAGGCGCUUGCAUAUCUUGUCGGUGAAACCAAUGUUAUUGAUGGGCGGUUUACGCGUAAUCCGUUGAAACAGCGACAAUUUGCUUCGAUCUAUCAAUCACCUAAUAGUUCGGCAUAUAAAGAUUUUUGUAGAUCUCUCAUAAAUGGUGCUAAAAGUUAUUUAGAAGAAUAUUAUCGAUCAUGGUCUAAGGGCUAUGUGAAUUCAUUUCGAGAUGUAGCCAUGUUAGGAGGACAACCAUCCGCCAUUAACAUGGCGAGUGCUGUUUUACGAGCUAUUCAUCGUCCAAACGGAGGUAUUCCAACGGUUAAUCUACAUAUGGUUGAUAAUGUUCCAAUGUGGGGUCACAUUUUUAUCCUUGUACGACAAGGUUUCUAUCAAGAAUCCUUAGAGGUGGCGCGAGCUUAUCAAUCGUAUUUUCCGAGACAAGAUCUACAAUUUGUGACUUACUUUUCCCGAUUUGUCGCAAAUAGCAAUAGCCUUCUUCCACAAGAUCGACAAAAAUUGAUUGCGGAGAUUAAACAAUGGACACCUAUAACUUUUCAGGAUAAAGACCCUUAUAAAUUCAUCAUGUACCAAAUAGUUGCGCAGCUUGAAGAAUUACCACAGAAACCUCAAAUCGAUAACGUUUUGCCUGCCUUUGAAGAUUAUAUGUGGAUGAAGUUAAUAUGUAUACGAGAGAUUACACCAACUGACGAAACAUCGAGUGACACUUUGACGUUAGAUUCUCUACAAAAGACAAUUAGGAGUUUAGGUCCCAGUCAUUUCAAUCAUGGAGGAAAAGAUCCCAUACAAUAUUUUCGUGCUCUGCUGUUAACUGCACAAUUUGAAAGGGCGGUUCAAUAUUUAUAUCAAACUGACUAUUCUGAGGAUUCCGUACAUUUUGCUAUUGCACAUGCUUAUUACGGAUUACUUCGAGUACCCGAUAACGGAGGAGCCAUGGCAUUACUUGUCGAAGUAGGCGAGAAAAAAAUUCCAUAUCUCAACUUUAAUACACUAAUAGUUCAGUAUGCACGAUCGUUAGCUAAGGAAAAUUCACCUAGUACGGCAUUUCAUUAUCUUCUUUUACUGUAUCUUUAUGGUAAUAAACAAACGGAAGCUGGACGUUAUCAAAUUGAAUUGUGUCAUGAAAAUAUUCGACAACUCGUAUACGAUACGGAAGCUUUUGCUGAGUUAGGUCUAAUAAGAAAAUAUAUGUCUUUAAUGUUUAUUGAAAACGAUAAUGAUUACACGGAUACGAUUGUCAAUGUGCUUGCACGACAAUGCGUCGAGGAUGGAAAAUUCAAAUCAGCGAGAAAUCUUUAUGAAUUGACAGAGAAUUAUGAGGAAAUCAUGGCAUUACAUGUCAAAAUGCUUGCUGAAUAUAUAUGGAUUUCCAUACGAUGUAUAAGUGUUCAACCUGAUACGGCUAAAGAAUUAGAUCCACAAGAAAUAAGUCGUAUUUUGAAAGAUUAUGAAAAAUUCCAUGUAACAUCAAGAAUAUCGCAAAAUCGUUUGAAGGAUUGUCGUACUCUAUUAGGUUUAGUUGAUUUCAUUGAAGUUUACAAACAAAAAGAUUAUGUUAAAGCUGUUUCCCUUAUCCAACGUCUCGAUCUCUUCCCGUUCGAAGAUGAUCUUCCUAUCAUUCAACAAAAAGUUAGUGCAAUCGAGGCAUUUGGUGACCAAAUGAAAAAUUGUAUCCCAGAACUUUUGCAUAUUACGAUGAGAUGCAUGUACGAAUAUUGUCAACAAUUAAAGGAACACAUAACAAGAGGAACUCCAGGUUUAAAUCGAAAAUAUGCAGAUGAAUUAUUCAAUAUUCAAAAAAAGGCUAAGACGUUAGUAACAUUUGCAGGAUAUCUUAAAUCAAGUUUAUUAUCGUCGGAUAUAUAUCACAAAUUACAUGAAUUAGAUAUUCAAAUAAGAUCAGUGUGA